UUCCCAAAGGGCAACGGGUCCGGCCAUGUUUCUUCCAUGCUCCUCUCGGCCAGCUGACACACAUGCGGUCGGCGCCAUAGCAACGGUAGCUAGCUAGAGGCCGGGGAAGAGUGGAGAUAUAGGCCAUGUCUGGUCCAGCUGAUGAGACUGCAGGAGACCUGCCUGUGAAAGAUAUAGGUCUAAACCUCUUUGGAGUGGGAGGAUUACAAGAAACUUCAACAUCACGGACAAUGAAGUCUCGCCAGGCAGUAUCACGUGUCAGUCGUGAGGAACUGGAAGACAGAUUUUUGCGUUUGCAUGAGGAGAACAUUUUACUUAAGCAGCAUGCCCGCAAGCAAGAGGAUAAAAUUAAAAGAAUGGCCACCAAGUUAAUACGGCUAGUUAAUGACAAGAAAAGAUAUGAGCGGGUUGGUGGCGGCCCCAAGCGGCUGGGACGAGAUGUGGAAAUGGAAGAAAUGAUUGAACAGCUGCAAGAGAAAGUUCACGAGCUUGAAAGACAAAAUGAAGUCCUCAAAAACAGACUAAUUUCAGCCAAACAGCAACUUCAAAUCCAGGGUUACAGGCAAACUCCAUAUAAUUAUGUACAAUCUCGCAUUAACACUGGGCGUAGAAAAGUGAAUGAAAAUGCAAGCUUACAGGAGUGUUCCAAGAAAGGUAUAAGAUUCCAAGAUAUAGAUGUACCAGAAACUGCGCAACCCAUCCUUACAAAAUAUGGCAAAAGUUUACUUGAAGAAGCCAGAGGAGAAAUAAGAAAUUUAGAAAAUGUUACUCAGUCACAGAGAGCCCAGAUAGAAGAGUUAGAGCAUUUGGUUGAUAUCCUGAAAACUCAGUUGAAAAGAAAAGAAAAUGAAAUUGAGUUAUCUCUCCUUCAGAUUCGAGAACAACAAGCUACAGAUCAAAGAUCAAAUAUUCGAGACAAUGUAGAAAUGAUUAAGCUUCAUAAACAACUCGUGGAAAAAAGCAAUGCUCUUUCAGUAAUGGAAGGAAAAUUUAUUCAGCUUCAAGAGAAACAAAGAACUCUCAGGAUCAGCCAUGAUGCUUUGAUGGCAAAUGGAGAUGAACUAAAUAUGCAACUUAAAGAGCAACGUUUAAAAUGCUGCAGUCUUGAGAAACAAUUACAUUCCAUGACAUUUUCUGAAAGAAGAAUAGAAGAGCUUCAAGAUAGAAUUAAUGAUUUAGAAAAGGAACGGGAACUUUUAAAGGAAAACUAUGAUAAACUUUAUAACAGUGCCUUCAGUGCUGCCCAUGAAGAGCAAUGGAUGUUAAAGGAACAGCAGCUGAAAGUGCACAUUGCUCAGCUCGAGACUGCCUUAAAAUCUGAUUUAACAGACAAAACUGAAAUCCUUGACAGAUUAAAAACUGAAAGAGGACCCUUAAUACACCAAAAUGAGAAACUCAUUCAAGAGAAUAGAGAUCUACAAUUACAGUAUCUGGAACAAAAGCAGCAACUUGAUGAACUUAAAAACCGCAUGAAGUUUUUCAACCAGGAGAGUGAUAUUAAUGCUGAUGAACUGAGUGAAGCUCUCCUGCUUAUAAAGGCUCAAAAAGAACAAAAAAAUGGUGAUCUUUUCUUUUUAGAAAAAAUUGACAGUAAAAUUAAUAAAGAUCUAGAAUGCUCCAUAAGAAAACUACAAGCAACUCAUGCAGAAACAGUGCAAGAACUUGAAAAGACAAGAAACAUGCUAAUUAUGCAACAUAAAAUUAAUAAAGAUUAUCAGAUGGAAGUGGAGGCAGUGACCCAUAAAAUGGAAAAUUUGCAGCAAGAUUAUGAAUUCAAAGUAGAACAAUACGUUCAUCUCCUUGAUAUCAGGGCUGCACGCAUCCAGAAACUAGAAGCCCAGUUAAAGGAUAUUGCCUAUGGCACGAAGCAGUACAAAUUUAAACCAGAAAUCAUGCCGGAUGACUCUGUCGAUGAAUUUGAUGAGACUAUCCACCUAGAGCGAGGCGAAAAUCUAUUUGAAAUCCAUAUCAACAAAAUAACCUUUUCUUCAGAAGUUUUACAGGCAUCUGGAGAUAAAGAGCCUAUCACUUUCUGUACCUAUGCCUUCUAUGAUUUUGAACUACAGACAACUCCCAUAGUGCGAGGCCUUCACCCAAAAUAUAACUUCACUUCCCAAUACCUUGUUCAUGUUAAUGACUUAUUUUUGCAAUAUAUUCAGAAGAAUACUGUCACCCUUGAGGUCCACCAAGCUUACAGCACAGAUUAUGAAACAAUCGCAGCAUGUCAAUUGAGAUUCCAUAAAAUUCUAGAAAAAAGUGGUCGAAUAUUUUACACAGCAAGUUUGGUUGGAACUAAAGGAGACAUCCCAAAUUUUGGCACAGUAGAGUACUGGUUCCAAUUAAGAGUUCCCAUGGAUCAAGCAAUUCGACUUUAUCAAGAACGAGCAAAGGCUCUGGGAUAUAUAACAUCAACUUUUAAGGAGCCAGAGCAAAUGCAAUCAUUAAGUCAGCAAGUACCCAAAACUGCUCAGCUCAGUUCAGCAGAUUCCACAGAUGGGAACUUAAAUGAACUUCACAUUACAAUAAGAUGUUGCAGCCACCUGCAGUCCCGAGCAAGCCACCUGCAACCACACCCAUAUGUUGUGUACAAGUUUUUUGAUUUUGCAGACCAUGAUACAGCCAUCAUUCCCAGUAGCAGUGAUCCACAAUUUGAUGACUAUAUGUGUUUCCCAGUGCCAAUGAAUAUGGAUUUGGAUCGAUACCUUAAGUCAGAGUCUCUGGGUUUUUAUGUGUUUGAUGAUAGUGAUACCCAGGAGAAUAUUUACAUAGGAAAAGUCAAUGUGCCUCUGAUUUCACUGGCACAUGACAGGUGCAUCUCAGGAAUAUUUGAGUUAACAGAUCAUCAAAAACAUCCUGCAGGCACCAUCCAUGUUAUAUUGAAAUGGAAAUUUGCUUACCUUCCACCAAGUGGAUCAGUAACUCCUGAAGACUUAGGAAAUUUCAUACACAGAAAAGAGCCAGAAAUUAUUCAAAGAUUACCUCCAACGUCCUCUGAUAGCAUACCAGUUGUAGCACCAAGAGCUAAACCAAGACAACGUUUAAGACCUAUAGAUAAGAAGGUGUCUUUUGUGGAUACUAUGCCACAUCACAAUUCUGAGAUUUGUAUCCCUCCUGAAGAUAUGAAGGAAAUUUCACCAGAUGUGGAGUGUACACCAGAAAUAGAUAAUAAUAUACCAGCUAUUUCACAUAUUCCCAAGAUUUCACAAGAAAGCAUUAUAGCUAAGGUAAAAGACAAUGCUGAGAAAACACACCAAGGAAAAGAAGAGGAUAUAUCUUUACUAUCUGAGGGCCAACUUGCAGAACAAAGCUUGGCUUCUUCUGAAGAUGAAACAGAAAUAACAGAAGAAAUAGAACCAGAAGAUGAAGAGGACAGAUCAGCUUCUGACAGUGAUGACUGUAUUAUUCCAGGUCCUCUCUCCAAGCAUGUCAAGCAGAGACUGAGAGGUCCUAAGAUCUACAGUCAGCAAGCCGGUGGAGAACUGGUGGCGCCGUGACAAACUGAGCCCGCAGGCCUAAUAGAACCAGAGUCAAUGGUGUGAGAAAGCCAGCAGACUCAAGAACCAUGAAGAGCCAAUCCACAUUUGAAGACAGAAAAAGACCCAUGACCCAGUUCAAGAAAGUCAGGAAGGAGAAAUUCCCUCUUACCUAGACUUUUUGUCCUAGUGAAGUCUUCAACUUAUUGGAUUUGACCUACCUACAUGAGGGAGAGAAGUCUGCUUGACUUGAUCUAUGGUGAUUCAAAUAUCAGUUUUACGAGAAACCUCCUCACAGAUGCCCAGAAUAAUAUUGGACCAAAUGUCUGAGCACCUAGUCAGGUUGACAAAGAAAAUUAACAGUCACACCAUUUUACUAGCAAUCCUCCCCCCAUUCAUCAUAAGUCUGCAUAUUUGACUCAGACAUUGCCUUCUUAUGCAUCAAUAGUUUUUCUGCAAGUUUUUUGGUUACAAAUACGAUUUAGCCUUUCGAACACAAGGAUAUGAGAAAUGACAUACUAAAUCAGGCUAGAAGUCUAUAAUGAGUUAUCCAGGGAUACAUUUAUCUUGUCAGUCUACAAUCAGCACUCAGACCUCUUGUCAUAACAACAAUGUCAAUAAUUAGUAUCAUAUUAAUAAAGCAUAAAGAAGAUUUAGCUAAUAUGUGGCCUAUCUCCUCAUUUUUUCCAGAUUAGUAAAAUAAGAUAGAUCUUGAGAGAAAAAGUGACUUGCUUACAAUUAUUCUACUGAUUAAGGAAAUUAAGGGGAAGGAGAAAUUUGGAGUGAUUUUUUGUAAGAGACAUCAUGGAAGUUAUGCCCAUGAGCCGGCCUGCCCUUCUCGUUCCCUUUCUCAUGGGCUGCUUUUCUUUUAAUCAUUUUGAGCUGAAUUUCUCUGCAUGCUUAAUGCCCAAAGAUAGUCAUGAGAAAAUGCCCAGCCCCAAGGAGAGAGACAUAAUUAGCUACAGCUAGCUUCUGGAUUGAAUCCAGGUGUGCACCAUUCAUCAAGUUACACGAAACAGGGCAUGUCCUGCUACAACUAUGACAUGUCAAAGAUGUGGAGAAAGUCAUGUGCACUUCUCAUAUAGGGAGGGAGUGUACACUGUGUGUUUCAGAAGUCCAGAAGGCACUAAGCAGGGCAACCUUUCUGUGGGAAGAUGUGGAAGGCUUCAGUUACAGUACAGCCAGCUAUAGUUUGAAUUUUAUCCUUUAGUAGAUACUAAAAGACAAUGCAAUAUCCGAUUUUAUUUUCUAAACACUUUACUCAUUAUCUAAAUUCAACAUUGAACGUAUGGAAAAUUUUAAAUCAUACACUCUCAGACCAGUGAUUCUAGCUGGGAACAGUCUUGUUGCCCAAGGGACAUUUGACCAUGUCUGCAGACAUGUUUGGUUGUCACAUUAGGAGAAAGUGUUACUAGCAUCCAAUGGACAGAGAUCAAGGUUGCCACUCAACACAUUGCAGUGUUCAGAACCCAGAAUAAGAACUAUCUAACUGGAAACAUUAAUGGUUCAGAGGUUGAGAAAUCUUGCCUUAGACCUACAAUAGAACCAUGUCCAUGCUGGCAAUGUUGCUAGCAUCUCAGUGAAGUUGUACAUUGCUCUUACCUAAAGUAGAACAAAGAUGCAUGAUUAGUAGGAACUGGUUCUCUAAAAUAUUCAGCUAAUUCUGAUGCACAUGUAUUAUCUCUUUGUAAUAAACCAAGGCUUUUUUUAUUGUUAUUUCUGGGAAAGUAAUGUGUGUUACUUUGCUACAGCCUAAUACAGUCUUCAUUUCCUGUCUAAAAUGUGAAUUCUUGUAAUAGUUUUUCAGAUGCUGUCCCCAAAGUGUGAACAUCAUUUAAAGCUAACAGUUCUUCAUGCCUCAGUAGCCAUUAAUCAGUUUCUAUGUACUUUUAAAAGUUCUUACAGUAGCAUGUACUGGCCAGUAUCUUAUGUUAACAGGUGAAAUUUAGUUUUGUUAAAUUAUGUAUAGCAAAUAUAGUAAAAUGCUAUAAUCUGUAAGCAUUGAGGGGAAAAACUAAAGAAAUCAACAUAAUAGUGCCUGCUGUGGUUUGAUGAGUUUGUCCUCUCCAAACUUCAUGCUGAAACUUGAUCCCCAGUGCAGCAGUAUUAAGAGCUUUGGCUGUUAGCAGGUGAUUAAAUGGUGCUGGCACCAUGAUCAUAAAUGAGAUUGGCUCCCUCAUAAUAGAGCAUGAUGUUGAAAGGAGAGUUGUCUUGAUCUUCUGCUCCUCUGCCAUGUGGAGGACAUCUUUUUCUUUAAAGAUUGCAAAAGUCAUACAAAGAUCUCUUAUAUAUUAUUUACCCAACUUCACAAAUUGUUAACAUUUUGCUACAUUUGUCUUAUCCAUUUCCAGUCUCUCUUUUAUUUUUGUAUAUAUGCCUGCACCUAUGUACUUAUUUAUAAACACAUUCUUACACAAGUGCUAUGAAGCAUUUGAGAAUUGCAUAAAUCAUGCCCCUUUAUGUCUAAAUUCUGAAGACUAAUGAUACAAUAUUGUUAGGUAAUUCUGAGAAUAUAGGAAAAAAAACUCCAUUUAUCCUGCUAUAUUCCCAUUAUAUAACACUCUCACACCACUUCUGUGACAAGAUAUAUGUGAGAUUUUUCCCUCAUACACCAAGGAUGGUGAUCUCUAAUUUCACUUCAAUUCUGACAUUAUCUACCUAGAGGUAGUAAUGUCAGAUCCUUGGUAAGGAAGGGCUCAAUCCCACAAGAUUGCCUCCCCUUCAGAUGCCAGUGACAACCCCAAGUAGUUUAACCUGUGCUUCUGGCCAGCCAGCAAGCUGCACAUUAAGGUUUCCAUGACCCUUACCUUGGGUUCAAUUAAUUUGCAAAAGAGGCUUACAGAACUAAGAGAAACACUUAUCUACUUUCACUGGUUUACUAUGAAGGUUACUACAAAGGAUACAGAUGAAAAAAUGCACAGGACAAGGUGGGUGAGAAGGGAUACAGUGCAUCACCCUCUGGGCACCUCCCCAUAUUCAGCUAUCUCAGAGCUUUCCAAUCCCAUUCCUUUGGGGUUUUUAUGGAUACUUCAUUAGGUAGGCAUGAUUGAUUAAGUCAUUGGCCAUUAAUGAUCUACUUAACCUUUAGCCCCUCUCCCCUCCCUGGAGGUUAGGGGUUUGAGCUGAAAGUCCCAACCCUUUCAUCUUACACUGAUCUUUCCAGGGAGUCAGUCAUGUUCUUAGCAUACAAAAGAAUUGUUCUCACUCUAGAGGCUCCAUCCAAGGUUUUAGGAGCUAGCUGUAUGCCAGGAUACUGGGCAAAGACCAAACAUACACAGUAUUUCACAAUAUCAUAGCAACCUAUAGUUCUCAUUAAAACUUUGCCAACUACCUCAAUAGUAUAAUUUAUAAUAUUUUGAUCUAGUCUAAGAUCCAAUCCGGAUCACAUAUUGCAUUUUUUUUCAUGUCCCUUUAACCUCCCUUAAUCUGUAAUUAUUCCUCAGCAUUUGUUUUGGUCUUUCCUAAUACUGAUAUAUAGGCCAUUUAUUAAUAUUAUAGAAUAUCCUUCAAUUUGGAUUCAUCUGGUGUUUCCUCAAGAUCAGAUUUUGGUAGGAAUAGUACAAAAACAAUACUAUGGGUUUUUUUCCCUCUCCAGUACCGGGGAUCAACCUCAGGACCUUGCACUUGCAAGGUAGGCGCAGGGCCACUGAGCUAAAUCCCCAGCCCCCUUCUGUGUCUUUUUCACUGCAUCAUAUCAAAAGGAACAGAGGGCCAGGGAUUUGGCUCAGUGGUUUGGCUCAGUGGUUCCAGCGCCUGCCUCGAAAGCACAAGGUCCUGAGUUCAAUCCCCGGUACCAAAAAAAAAGGAACAGAAUGUCAUUUUGUCCAAUUACUGAUGGUAUCAAUUUUCAUUGAAUUAUUAUGUCACAAACCCUUUUUUAAGCCUAAAAAUACCUGUAACUCAUUAGAUUAUUUGUCUCUUUUGAAACUACAUUGGGCCAAAAUCUCAGACAAUGAUACAUAGUCUUUAUAAGAAGGAAGGUAUGUAGGUCAGCUUCCAUUACUCUAACAAAGUACCUGAGAUAAUCAACUUACAGAGAAAAAAAGGUUGUUUUGUCUUAUAGUUCUGGUUUAGUGUCUGUUUAGUCCAGGGAAGAUUGGUCCUGUUGAUUUUGGGCCUGUCACAAAGCAGCACAUUAUAGCAGGAACACAAGGCAGAGGAAGCCCAUUCGUCUCAUGAUUGGGGAUGAAUGAAGAGAGGUAUUUGGGGUCCUAAUAUCCCCUAUAAGGACAUGCUACCAAUGAACCAAUUUUCUUCUGGUAAGCUCUGCCUCUUAAAGUAGUACCAAGCUGGAAACCAAGCCUUUCGGGGACAUUUCAAAUCCAGAUUAUAUCAGAACAUGUUACCGAAUGCCUAAUAUGUGUUAAUCACAUUCUGCCUAAUAUCUCCUCACAGCAAUUCCUCAUUCAUGUGGAUAUUCUGUACACUGGGCAGACAUAAAAGAAGGAGCUCCUUCCCUCAAGGAACUCACAGUCUGUGGAGGAAACACCCUUAACAGUUGCCUUCCAUAUCCACAGGUUCUGUACAUCUAUCUUGCAAUUUAUUGCUUGUUACACACAAGAGCCUAGGUUAUAUCCACUAAAUUCAUCACCCAGCGACAUCUCAACUGAACUUUCACUUAUUUUUAUUAUCAUUGUUCCUUAGAUGAUAUAUUGUAACAACUAUUUACAUAGCAUUUAUCUAGAGACAAUAUGCGUAGGAGAAUAUGUGUAGGGUGUGUGAAAUGUUGCCCCAUUUUAUAUUAGGGACUUGAGUAGCUGAGGAGAGGAAGUGGUCCUGGCACUAGGCAAAGGGAAAACAGAGUCAUGAUGGGAGCACUAAGCAGGUGGGGGGUGGCAAAGGCAGCUUUGGGGACCUAUAAGUACCGUGGACUAACUGAUUGUGCCACUGGAGUGCCCUCUUUGGGGACCUUGAUCAAGGAUGACUUCCUAGAAUUAGUAAAGCCUGAACCAAAUUCUGAUGAGUAGGAGUCAGGAAAAAAUGGAGAAGGAUCUUUAGAGGCCAAAAGAACAAUAACAACAACAAAAAACCUCAGGAGAAUUUGAGAGAACAUAAAGCAUGGAUUGUUCUGGGAUCCAGAAAGAUGUUAGGAUGGGCUGAGACAAUUGUGGUCCACAUGAGGUGCCCCAGGAAAAUAGGCUUAAAAAAUGAGCACAGUCCUUAACAUUGAGGCCGUUCAGUAUUUUUAAAUAUUUUUGAGACAAGAUUUUGCUGUUUUGCCCAGGCUGCCUCAAACUCCUGGGCUCAAGUAAUUCUCCUGCCUCCACUUCCCAAGGAGGUGGGACUACUGUGUCACCUCUGAGUUAUUUUAAUAAAUGGAGGAAGAUUAACCGAUAUUUACUUGCAGUGUUCCAAGCCUUAUUCUAAGGAUUGGGAAUAGAACAAUGAAUAAGAGAAAUAUACCCCUGUUCUUAGGGACUUUGUAGUCUUCCAGUGCAUUUUAAAUGAUGCUGUAAAUAGUGUAAAGAAUAGAUUAAAGACACAAAGUUAAAAAAUAAUUAGAUGAACCUACUCCAUAGUUACCCCCACUUUAUAGACUUUUUAAAAAUUGCCUCCAUCCUACAAUGUUGCAAAAUUAGGACUAAAUGUAUCUUAGAUAGAUACCAUUUAUGCCAAUUAUGCUAUAGAAUUUGAAUUAUCUAAUAUACUGUGUAAGCAGUUUAAGGUCAUUCAGCUUCUGUGUGUAUGUGUUACAGAAUCUGACAGCUCAUAAUUAUAUCUUAGAAAUGUUGAUCCUUAAAAGGAAUGUCAUAGAUUUCUCAGGACUUCAGCAUAUUACUUGGUUCUUUCUCUUUUCUUCACGACUAUGAUCUAUAAUUAAUCACAGAUUACUUCAUUUUGUUUCAUUUCAUUUACAACAUUUAUGAGCUUCACUUUGUCAGUAUGAAAUGCUUGUCCCCUCCUUUCCUUUCCAAAGUGGUAUAAUUAGUGUUAGCAUCUUUUUUAACAGGCUACAUAAAGUUUAGUGACUGGAUUAAAUCAAGCCAUUAACAUAAUGUGCUACCCAAUUUGCCCCUAUCUCUCUUCGUUUCCCGGACAUCAAAGUGCCACAGAGCGCAAGUGUAAUUGGGCCUUGCUGGCCUGUCAGAUUCCGUCAGCCUGAUGACUGCUGCUUUUACUAAAAAGCUUCUAGGCAUGAUAAUUAAUGGGGGUGGGGGGAGCAGGAGUCUGAGAAAUAUAAAACUUUGGACAUUUCUCUAUGAAUAUUUUAUUAAUUUGAAUAAUCAGAAGUUAACAGUAUCAACUUGAUGUAUAAUACAUUGAUUAAAAGCCUUGUUUCAGGUCCUCAAAAUAGACAUCAAAAAUGAACAUUUGCAGUUGCCAUGGCAUUAAAAACAUUAACGAUUCUUCUUUUCCAUUAAUUCCAAUUCUAUAAUUUAAAUAAUGCAUUCAUUUUCCACAACAAAAUAUAUUGCCAUCAACUCACAGAUUUCUUAAAAUUCGCCCACAGGUGAGAAUGGGAAAUCACAGGCUGAAAGAGCAAUAGAGACUUCUGUGCAGUACAUAUUUACAUCAUUCUCUCUUGCUGUUCCUACUAAUAGCAGUUUUGUAAAAGCUGCCAUCUUCAAUUGUACUAAAUUGCAAUUGCACCUGGUAUCCAGAUUCUCUGAACAUUAGGCUGACAUUCCCAGGUGAUUCCAAUAAUGACAUUCAGCAAAAUAUUUUAAACUUUGAAAGUCAAAAUUCAAAAAGCAUUUUGCAUGUACAUUCAUGUAUGAAAAAUUAUAAAUCACUUAAGAAUCAAACAUAUCCUAUCAGUGGAUAAUAAACUCUUCUCACUGUUUUACAUGUGUAAACUUAGGCUAUAUAUAGUAGGUUUUAAAAUAUAUAAAACCAAAAGUUCAAAUUACUCUCCUGAUAAUAAUGCUUUUUGAGCUAUUUUUAUGUUUCACAACUUAAUUAUCUCUUACAAGUAUACUAGGAUCAUCUUUCCAUAAAAGCAUCCUAUUUCUUUUAGCAUAUGUACAAUAUUUCAUUAAAUGUAUUCCACAUUUAUUUAAACAAUCCCUCGUGAUGGACCCUUACAUUUCUAUCAGUUUUUCCUAAUGCAAACACUCCUAGUCAAAAAUGUACAUAAAAAUGUGUGAAAAUUCCUGUUUCCUUCUAUCACACUUUGCCAAACUAGUGGAUAAGAAAUUACACCUCACUAGUGAUUCCACUUAAAAAGAAAUAAAAAGUAUAUUCAUAUACACAUUACGUACAUACAUUUUAUAUGAGCAUACAGAUGCAACAUUUAUAAGCUAAAAUAUAAGCAAAAAAAAGUCUGGAAGGAUACAUGCCCAACAGUUUAGGAUUGAAUAUUUUUAGGCCAAUCGGCAAGUAAUGGCUCAUGUGCCAAAUCAGCCCUGUUUUAUUGGAACUCAGCCACACCCAUACAGUUACAUUUUGUCUAUAGCUGCUUUCAGUCUACAAGGGCAGAGUACUUGCAACAGAGACUAUGUAACCUACAUUGCCAAAAAUAUUUACUGCCUGGGUUUUUAUGGAAGAAAGUUGCCAGCCCUCAGGGAAUAGGAUGUGCUAAGUAACAUUUUGUAGGAGACCAUAGAUUUGGACUAGGAAACUGAACUGGGCUGAAGAGAACAAAACAGUAUAGAGUUUAAUCACAGUACCUGAGUUUUGGUUAGUUGCACAAGACUUUAUAACCAGUUAGCUAUUUAAGUUAUAAACAAUGAACUAGUCAGGCUGUCACCAGUUGACUGGUUGACUAGACUAUAGCCAGUUAAAUUGUUUUCUAUAAAUGCUGGCUGGUCACAUUGUUGGCUGAAGUUCUUAGAAUCUUCUGUGGUGCUAGGAACUGCCUAAAUCACCAAUCAGUUUUGAUUUGCUUUGCUCAAAUAAAUCCUACUAUGUUUAAUGUCUAAGGAAUUUUCCUUUUGACAUAUGAAACAAAGCUUUUUAUAUUUUACUUUUUAUAAUUUAUAUACUGAGUUAUUUUUCACAAUGAAUGUAGAUUGCCUCUAAAAAGGAAAUAAUUUGUUAGCUAAUUCUAAUUUUUGUACUGUGGGAGCUCAUCUAUAAAUAUCUUUAAAGGGCCAGUAGAUGUGGGAUGAAUCUUUCUUUGGUUUAGUAUGAUCCCUAAACCAGCAGCAUCAACAGCAUCUGAGAAUUUGUAAGAGAUGCAAAUUCUUGGGUCCUACUCCAGCCCUAAUGAACUAACGCUGAUUUAUCAUAUGAGUCUGGGGUGUGCUAAAGUGUCAGAACCAGAGCUUUAGGGAAAAGCAGCACUUCUCACCCUUUGUUGCACGUUAGAGUCACCUAGGGAACAGGUUUAAUGCCAACUCCUAAGAGAAUCAUGGAUAUAUACAAGAAAACAUAAAAAGAUAUUCAGCACAACACUAUUUGUAAUAGAAACUGUAAACAUUUAAUUAUUUGUCAGUAGGUAAAUGAACAAAUGGACUACAGAUUAUAUGUGGAAUUCUAUAGAAGCUAAUAUGAAUGAAUUUGAAUUAUAAAUACCAGAAACAGUAUUGAGUGAGAAACAAAUUGCAGAAUGAUAACUAGAAUAUGAUGCCACUAAUAUAAAAUCUAAGAACAGAAACGAAUACUAUAUAUUGUUUAGGAGAUAUAUAUAUAUAUUUAGGAGAUAUACAUAUUGUUUAGGAUAU